GGAUACGGGAAUGCACUAACUUUUUUCGUCUUUAAGUACAGGCGCCGGACAGGAUCUUGAUAAUUUUCUUUUUUCAGAAAUAGGGGUAAAAAUUAUGACAACAUUUCACGAUUAUUCCAGAUCCAUAUUUCGAUGCGGGUUCUCUAUGCUAGUAUAUAUGGACAUUUAAUUUUGCCAGGCGAUUGUAAAACAUAUAAAAGGGAUAUUUCUAGAGAAGCGCCUGGUAUUUCAUAUUUUCUUGAUCGCAACCUUCGGCGUCAUAAUUGUUUUUUAUGAGAUGUUGAGCCAUGGUGUUCUAACUAUGGAAAUGAUCCAGAGUAUUUUUUCUGGAAACGUAAACAUUUAUAUAAUCGUUGCCAUCGCUAUCAUCUUUUUUCGCAAAUAUCUAUUGUUAUCAGGAGAUAAUAACCUCGAAAGAACAGUCUUAACAUUAAGCAAUGAACUUCAAAGAAUGCGUACAGAAGCCGAAUGGAGAAAUGAUGCGAUAUCUCAAGCCGGAUCAAACCGAUUCUCUUCCACAAGUCACGUUUCCAUGGGACAGUAUUCCGAAUAUACGGAUGAAUAUGAAACGUACUGGGUCGAAUUUACGGCUCUUUUUAAUAAUAGGAGGAAAAGAGAAGCUCGUUCACCAACACAAUUGUAUAAUAUUUUAUCGAUCGAAAUUGGACUUAGUGCUAGCACAUUAGCUAGUUUUUAUCGUCAUCAAAAAUCACCAAGAAGAACUUCUAUGGAUAAAAUUAUCGAAUGGGUUGAAAAGGAGGGAAAUAAGAAAUCAGUUAGUUUUUCUGAUAGUAGCAGUAGUAACAACAGUAGCAGUAGCGGUAGAGGAAGUAUCAGUGGAGGUAAUAUUGCGAAAUAACUUGAUGCUGGGACUCUCAUUUAUGGCUUAGGAUCCGAGAACUCCCUCCCUCUUUGAUAGUAUCAUUUAUUUCAAUUAUUACAUUCCUCCGG